AUGGAGUCGGUGUCUGUGUACCAUGGAGCCAUCAGCAAGGAGACCGGAGAGAGGCUCCUUGGCGACGCAGGAAGGGAUGGCAGCUAUCUCAUCAGGAACAGUGAGUCAAAGCCUGGUGUCUACUGCCUUUGCGUUCUGUCCAAGGGCUAUGUGUACACGUACAGACUGCAUCAGACUGAUGGCGGGUCAUGGACUGCAGAGACAGCCCCUGGGGUCGAUCAGCGACUGUUUCGGAAGAUAAAGAACUUGAUUGCAGCCUACCAGAAACCAGACCAAGGCAUCGCAAUGCCCCUCCUGUACCCUGUGCACGCUCAGAACAACUGCACCAGAACGGCUAAAGAACGCAGAGAUGGCCCGCAUUGA